UUCUGACGUCUUCGAUAACGCUACUCUUAUCCUCCCUCAUCUCUCGCAUGCAACCACUGUAUCCGCACCACUCUUAACCUUCCUUGUGGUGACACUAUUGCUCCUACUACCCGCACUUCCUCUUCUUCCACUUCGACCGAUUGCCUUCGUUGCUGGCAUUUUCCCAUUCAUCCUCACUCAUCCAACGACCCAACGCAUCCUCCCACCACUCCUACAAGCCGCGCGAAAAGUCUAUCUGAUCAAUGUCCAGAGGAUUAUUGAUAAUGAUAGAUUGGAUGAUGCAGUAUGGUCUGCUCCGAUGAAGGAGGUUGAGCUGUGGGAGAAUGAACGAUGGUCUAUGAGCGCCGGCACGGGCGAGCCUGGCUGGAGCAAGGCAAAUCUCAAGCGAGGAGAGAGAAAAGGGUGGAGUAGGAGACGCGAUGGGUGGAGUGAUGCAGAUGCUCUAGGAGGCAGUCUCGAAGGAGAUUUACGGUUGGCACUUCGUGACGUCGGAAGACUGGAGAGUCGAUUUGGCGGGGACAUGGGUAGGAGAUAUAGGCGCAGACUCAG